ACACAGUAACAACUGCAACUGCAGUGUGAAGCCCUAGCUGUUAACCUGAGUCUUUACAUGUAGUAAAGUUGUAACUAGUUAGUUUAAAGCAUUAUCCAAGAAAUAUUCAAAGGUAUAGAACCGCACUGAAAAUAGUCAAGUAUUAUAAUACUAUCAACAGAUCUGUUGCAAGUAACAGUCCACUAUUAGAAAUGUUAAUAUAAUAAAUGUUUGGGCUAAUCAUGAAAACUGCACUUAAAGUAUUACAAAUAUUCCAUACUUAAAACUGUUAUAGUUGUAUUAUUCAUGGGUGGAGCUGCAUUUUAUUGCUAAAAUGCUCAAGCAAAAAUCUAAAAAUAAAAAAUAAAAAAAACCAAAAUAUCUUGCAAAUUGUCAGAAGCCCACUUGCUUUGUUUUGUAUACAUAACCCUAAUUUGUGAAUCAACUAAGUUGUCAGAUAAAUGUAGUGCAAUUAAAGUGCAAUAUUUUCCUGUGAAUGUGUAGAAAGUUGCAUAAAAAUAAAAUGCCUCGAAUUGGUACUUAAUACAGUAUUGGAAUAAGUAGUUUACUUUACCUCGAUUUUCUACUUUCCUGUUUUGAAAUACUACAGAUUUCUGUUCUGGAUUAUUUAACUACUGGGCUCAGAAUUUUCCACAGCAGCAACUCAUGGGCGAAGCCCUUUGUUCGUUCCAGGCUGGGAUCCUCGUAGGAUCUCCAGAGUUAACCUAACCGUACUGCAUCGCCAUCACAGGAAAACCACAUUCUAAAUACCACUUCCCUCUGGAUGUGUUGAUAUAUUAGUGUAUUAAAUUAAUGAGUCCGCACUAUCACAACAGCCCUCGCUGUCUUCGGCUUCCAUCUUGGUCAGAACAGAAUGGAUUCCGCUGCUGCCCCGGUCUGAACGUGGCUAAAACACGAUACAACAUGGCGGCUGAUAUACGAUUACCAGGUCGCGCCCGAAGAAUCUGAAAUACAACACUGUUGUAUUCAGACACCGUCCAUUUCGACAAGCAGGCAGACUAUACUACGAAAAAACGUGAUGUGAAGCUAAGCGGCACUUAUGUGCCACGUCUAACCGUUUCUUAGCCACAAUGUCCGUGUAAAUUCUCCGUCAUCUGGGUCGCCGAAAAAACGUGGAAGAAAGCAUCUGGAUGUAGCUUUAGGUUUCACCUCUCGUCCAAGAGGCUUCAUCAGUUCUGCCUGACUGGUGCCACGGACUGUACUGCACUUUAUUCCACCCUGAUCUAUAUAUACAAAGCCCCGAGCACAGUCAGUCUCUUCCUCUGAACGAAGCUGAAUGUGGCGGGUCCACACAGGAAUGGCUUUCAUUUUGUCAGAGCUUUAACCGUAAAGCGUCGGUUGUUGUUCUGGACACAUUACCACCAGCAUCACUGCAUAGAGCCCAUUUUACGCCAAUCAAACGCAAUUAUAUUCCAGUUUGACUUCGACAAAACGAAAGACAACCUGCGGCCUACUCAAACCACGGCGUCUGUCCUCAGCAUCCAGACGGAUUUCAUACGACAAAUAGUCCAACAAGCAGAUGCACACCUACAGAACAGAAGACAAUGUCCAGCCGCUCCACAACUCUCCUCCCACGGGGAAGGGAAACCGUUUCCAGUGUCGCUGCUCAGAGUCGCCGGGAACAGUUUGAACUAGGUGGCGGCAGCAAGAUGGCGUCUGAGACUGCGCAGUAGCAUUAAAGACGAUGACGUUACAGUGAAGCACACCGCAUGCUGUUUCCCCCCUUCUCAGGUAGAAAGCGCAACGGUGUCCAUGAUGAGGCUUAAACGACGUGAAAACAGACGACAGCAGUUGGAUUUAUGUGGCAUCGUCGAAACACUCGGAUGCUGUCUUGAACCAUAGCACAGAUGUUAAAGAAGUGGAAGCCUCCUGUCUUUUAGAUGUCUGGGACCUGUCCAUGGCUUCUAAGAAGAAGCAGAAAGAUAUGGGGUUACAUGAGGAAGGGAUAGCCACCCCUGCAGCUGACCAUCCAGCUGUGUGCUUUGUUGUUCUGAAGCCGGGGAAGGCAAGCGAAGGCCAAAUGGAACAAAGCACCCGUGUAACCAAUGAAGGACCAGACAUGGUGGGUAAACACAACAUGUCAAUGGAAGCCAUCAGUACCUCUGGUGGACUACCGGCUAUGAAACAUCCUGCCAGUUCAAAUCCUCAAGCAGACAACCUGUCAUCUGAUAGCAUUUGCAAAGGCAUCAGAGUGACACUGGACAACAACAGCAUGUGGAAUGAGUUCUUCAGAUGCAAAACAGAGAUGAUUCUGACCAAACAAGGCAGCAGGAUGUUCCCCUACUGCCGCUUUCGCAUCUCUGGCUUGCAGCCAUCCAAGAAGUACUUUUUGAUCAUGGACAUUCAACCUUUAGACAACUGCCGCUAUAAAUGGACUGGCAAGGGCUGGCAAGUUGCUGGAAAAGCAGAAUGUCAUGUGAAGAGUCAACCAUUUGAACAUCCAGAGUCUCCAUCAACGGGUCAACACUGGAUGCAGAAUCCAGUGUCCUUUUACAAACUGAAGCUUACAAACAACAUUUCAGACCAAGAGGCGAACACCAUCCUACACGCAAUGCACCGCUACUUGCCACGACUGCAUGUGGUCCAAACUGACAAAGCUGCUAAAGACAUAAAGCUAGAUGGUCCCAAUGUUGUCACAUUUACUUUCCCACAGACCGAGUUUAUGGCAGUCACUGCUUAUCAGAACUCACGGUUUGCUCAGCUAAAAGUCGGCUACAACCCUUUUGCUAAAGGACUGAAGGAGGAUGGAUUCAGUUCGUGGGGCCUUAAGCUGAAAAUAAACUCUGGCCGUGAGGCUUCCAGAAAUGGAGGCAAAAUAACCAAUGAGCAACAUCCUGUGAAGAAGAGCUUGAAGGUUUUGCUUGCAAACCAUAAACCUAGAAGCUCAAAAUCAGUGGACUCAAAAACUUCAGCGGCAGGCGAUGACCAGAAAAACGCCACAAUAAAUGAAGAUAAAUCAUGUCCCAAGAUUCCCAGGGAAAGUUCGUGCAGCAGUUCUCAUCCAGUUCGGAAGUUAUUUUCUGAACUUACUCGGGAGGCUCAUGUUUCACUGCAGAGGUACAACCUGGAGCAGCUGGGAAUCAAUAACCACACCUCUUACAGAGCUGAGAGAACAAACACUAAGGCCACAGCUUUGAAAACUAGCAGACAAGACACUUCCAGAAAGGACAGUAUAUCUGUUAAAAUGCAUAGUGAUGUGUCACUUGGAAAGAAUGAUGAGACCAUUGUAACAAAUAGAAAAGUUAAAGAGGACAAGCACCUUUUGAAUUCACUGAACUGUAAGGACAGUGUCAGGGCAGAUUGUUCUGACGACAGUGCUGCUGUUGCUGUUCCAGUACUAUGCCAGGAUUCCUCUGUGGACUCAGAUCAGAGAGGUGAGCCUGAACCAUCGUCAGAGGUGAGUGUAAAGCAGCAAAAACGGCCCGCCCCUCUACCUCUGCCGGCCCUUGCUCUUUUUUUGAAGCAGCAUUCAACAAAAUCUAAAAAAGCCAAGAGCAAAUUGGACUGUCCUCCCUCAGUAGUACCAUCUGAAUCUCUUUCUGGAUCACAGUGUUCUUCUGCAUGUCCACCUUCUGAUCAUUCCAGAAAUGUAACUCAUCCCUUGAAAGAUCUUACAAAAUCUGACAAUCUGGCAACUGAAGCAGCCCUUCAGCCUUUCACUACAGAUCCAAACAGAUCAAGAACUGAAAGCUCAGCAGUUGCUGAAAACCCAGUCACAGAUCCAACAGUAACUUAUGAUACAUCAGUGUUACCCAACUCAGAUCAUCAGUUUUGUACCCCAGGGACAUCCACCUCAACUCUUGCUACCUCUUCUGCAUCUUGCAUUUUGCCACCACCCCUUGAAAUAAUGUUACCUCUCUUGAAAUCUCCACAAACUCCAAACAUCACUGAGUCUUCCACACAACCUUCAGACUUCCCCACCAUGAAGACUGAUUCUUUGCUUGCUGACCCAGAGUGUUCUUCCUUUGGGUUUGAGCCUUUGUCACCUGCGAGCUCUCCAGAACCUUUACCUCCCCUACCUGCGUCGUUGGCUUUGGAGCUCGAGUCCACAACCUCUGAACCAACUUUUAAAGCGAUACCUCCUGAAGAGAUGCAUCAAAGCGAAGAUUCUGCUGCAUCUGUGUUUAAAUGGCAUACAGUAUUACGGGAGCCAUACAUAGACACCUCAUUUGUAACAUUUCAGCCUACACCACAAGACCUGCCUUUAGUGUCUGUUACACCACCUUUGUUGCGUUCCCAGAGUACCUCCCACCCUGAACCACAGACUCUUGAUCCCUGCAAGCCUACCCCUGAUUCUGCUUCAUCUCUUCAAGAGAACGAACAGUCUCUGCCAUUCCCAGUCGAAUUCUCCCCCUUUGCACUUCAGCUGCCACUGUCUCCAACCUUUUCUUCAUUAGAUGGAGAAGGAUUGUCACCCACACCUUCGAUCGCAGACCUCGUACACUUUUUCUCCACCAAUGAUGACCUUGGAAUGGAGGUGGAGUUUUCAAACACUGAGGGAGUUGUUGUUCCCUGCUCACCUCCAAGCACAUUAGAAUCAAAUGCACAUGAGCCUUCUCAGCACGUGCAGUUAAUCCAAGCCAACAAAGUCUGCAAGCGCAAUAAAAAGUCGCAGCGCCGAAAGCUUGCCAGAAUGGGUGUUGCUCAGAAGAUGGACAGCUCUACCUACACUAGGAUGCAGCCUAACUUGGAGGAAGUGGAGGAGCAGUUAUUUAUCUCAUUCACAUCAAAGGAGGCCCUCAAACUUCACAUUGUGGACUCGCAAGUUGCAGUCCCACACCCUGAGGCGACACCUGAAGGUCACCUGCAACAACCUGCUGACGCACCUGAGAAUGCAGAGACAGCGGAGAGUCAGCAGGACAGGAUCUCUGCCUCUGAGAAGAUUCUUUUGAAAAACUUGAAGCUGAUGAAACACAGGCAGAUCAUCCAUCCUGUGCUGCAGGAAGUUGGUCUCAAGAUGAACCUGCUGGAUUCAACUCUGGCCAUAGACCUGCAGUAUCUGGGAGUCUGCCUGCCCAUCCCUCCGCCAGGAGUCUCUGUGGAGCUGCCUCUGUCUCAGGGUGUUUCUGCAGCAUUUGUGUCCAGAACAGGAAAAACGACAGAUGUGACCCAGAUUAAAGGCUGGAGAGAGAAAUUCACUCCUCCAGAGGCUCCGUCCACUCCAUCAUUGGCCAAACCUGAAGCUGGUCCCAGUUCAGAUCUGCCUAAGAAAAACCUGUCUGCGUUCUGCAGUGACAUGUUGGACGAGUAUCUAGAAAGUGAAGGGAAGCUGAUUGAUGAGCGAGCUGCCAGUUUCUCUCAGCCUGUGGUGGAACCGGUACUGUACGAGCUCCCCACCAGGAGCACCAGCUAUGUUCGGACCCUGGACAGCGUCCUGAAGAAGGAGGCCAUCACCUUCCCUACCUCAGACCUCAUAUCUGGGUUUGUCCCCCCCUCCAAGAGACCCAAACUCUCCCUCAGAAAGAAGAAGACCUCCAACAAAGGAGAGGAGAAGACGCAGAAAGGUCCAAAACAGAACAAACCCAGACCAGAAUGUGCACCUCCCCCAGUUCCAACACUUGAACGAAACCUGGUCCCUAAACAGGCUGCAGUCCAUACCCCAGCAGCCACCCCUCCAUCAGUGCACACAGCACCUGUCACUGAACCUCCUAAGUCAAAGAAAAAACACCUGAAGAUCCAGUUUGCCCAUACAGAACCUUUAACUCUCUCUCCUCAGACCCCUGCCCUCAAGAAGAAGAAGAAACUCAAACCCAAGACCUCAUCCCAGACCCUCAGUCCAUCCAGGUCCACAGCCCCCCCGCCAGGCAUCUCAAGGGACAUGGCUCCUCUGGAGUCGGACUCUGAGCUGGGAACCGCUGAUCAGGGUGAUGAAACCUGCAGGAAGGGGAGUGGCCUGGUGAUGACGCGAGCUCUGCUGAAACAGAAGGACCUGGAGGAUGGUGUGGUAUGGGAGGGCCGACCCAGGACCAGCAUCACUGAGGAGCGGGCCACCAUUGCCCUGACCUCACUCUUCACACUAAUGGGCUUUGUCAGCGAGAACCCGACUGCUCCCAUCAGGCUGAUGCAGAGACGGGCUCCCCCUUGUUUGAAUGACUUCUGCCGGCUUGGCUGCAUCUGCUCCAGUCUGUUGCACUGCUCCAGGAUCAGCCACUGUGGCCGCCUUCGUUGCAUAUUCGGCUGCAGCUGCCUUAAACAGAAGGUAGUCCUCCUCAAGAACCUGGAUGGCUCCGACUCCAGCUCCUCCCACCAGGAAAACAACAAGAAGAGCAGGAGGAAGAGGAGGAUGAAGAUGGCCUAUAUUCUCAAAGAGGUGGACAGUGUUACCCAGCCUACUGAGCAGGUCCGGACUCUGUGGAAGAGGGAUGGUAGAGACUCGGAUCCAGAUCCAGUCUAUGUGCCUGAACCAGCCUCCCUACUCCGCUCCAGUUCAGUCAUUCGGCCAGUUUCAGUGGAGAAAGGUGAAGCUGUUUCAUCACAUCAGCUCAGCGUUCACAGGAGAAUCACUGAAGUCUCCACAGAGGACAGCAGCACCCCCACUGUGGGACACGGAGGAGGCUCAGCUGUGCUGUGUCCUCCAUCAAACCGGAAGAUGAGCCGAGAGAACAACAGCAGCUGUGCAAGGGUCAGAGGUUACAGCGGAAUGAGAAAGACCCAGAAACAAAAGGAGGCAGCUAAACAUGUUAAGCCUAAAGCUGUUCGGCUCAAAUCAUUGAAACAGAGAGACCUGACACUGAUGGAAGCAACGACUAGACCCUCCAGUCCUCCUCCAGUAGAUGAACCAAUCCAGCCUACUCCCAUCAGCCAGCCUCCGAGUCCUCCCCCCGAGAUUCCCACCAAGCCAUCGAAGCGACUCAUCAUCUUGGCAGAGUGUAAGUGGGAGAGCGACGCCAACCGAAACCACAUAUUGAUGAAGCUGUGUGAGGCAAUGGCUCAGAACCAGCUAGAUAAUCCAUUCUGGAUCGGGAAGUACCUCAUCACUCCCAUCAGUCACACUGUGGACGAGAAUGGCACUGGCCACUGCAUCCAGUAUAAAAUCUACAUCUCCACUCCCAAAGUGGGGUGGGAGAAACCUGCAUUACAACAAAAACCACAACAAGAACGACAAAUAGACAUGAAUCCACAUCGACAAGAGACGGACACAAAACAACAACAGGACCACCUGAGACAGAUGAUCAAACACCAGGAGCCUCUGGAAGACCGGCAGCAGGAGGGGACGGAGGAGGAAGAGCCUCUGGAAGACCAGCAGCAGGAGGGGGGGGGGGAGGGGCAGCGGGAGGGGAGGCAGGAGGAAGAGUCUCUGGAAGACCGGCAGCGGGAGGGGAUGGAGGAGGAAGAGCCUCUGGACGACUGGCAGCAGGAGGUGCAGGAAGGUGACACUGAGGAGAAGAAGAACUCAACAGUCCACCAGGAAGAUGAUGGGAAGGAGGGGAGGAGAGAGAAAAUGGAGACUAAAGCAAAGAAUAAAAAACAGGUCAGCAUGGCUCUGCCUUUGCUGACGGGAGUCUCCCCGGCCGGAUUCCUCUCAGCCAAUAAGAAACAGCCAAGAGGAACUGACCACGUAGUCCAGGUGAACGGGAAGCUCUAUCCUCUGGCUAAGGUCCAGUUGGGGAGCAUGGGGGCGCUUCAUCCAGCAAACCGUCUGGCAGCCUAUCUGACUGGUCGGGUGGGGUCCAGCAGGAAGCAGCAGGGUACUUUGUGUUCAUCUUCAUCCUCCUCUAAACCUCCUCAGACCCAGAGUUCAGGACUGACGCUGCAGACCGUCUCUUCAGCUUCCCCUGGACUUGCUACCUCCACCAUGACCCCAUGUCCAUCAAAACCACAGUCGUCAGCCACAGAGCUCAUGUUAAAAGCCUCCUCCACAGUGCUUCAGCCUGCAGUGAAAAAGGUGAACCAAUCAGCUGUCGGCUCCUCCAGCCAGCCUACGGGUGAAACACCUGAGGUGGAGGGGACCCAGUUCAUCAAUCUGAGGGUGUACCCGAGUCCUGUGAGGCCGGGCAGCCAGUUCAGAACGGUACGAGCUGCUUCCGCCCCCAAAACAGAUUUUGAGGCGAGCAGCUCUAUGGUUCAACCUGGAAAUUCGUGUCCAGGCUCCGUUGCUCCUAAAGGUUCUCAUAUGUUGUUGGUUCCGGUCCAAGGUCCUGGCGCAACGGCUCCUGUAUCAGGUCUGGCACCCCAGGUCCCGGGCCCCCCAACCACCAGUCAGAGGACAGUUCUACAGUCGGUCCAGACAGCAUCUGGUGUAAAGUACUACCGCAGACAAGAUGGUAAACUGGUCCAAAUUGUUCCUGUCAGCCAGCUGCAAUCAGCAAAUCCACACAUGCCAGUUGAGAGAGGCCCUUCCUUUGAAAACUCUUCCAGCCCUUCCAGCAGAGCGGACAGAGGGGGCUCUGUCCGCUCUGCUGCACCUCCUCAGACUCCAGUCGUCACUGUUGUGAGCCAAACACUCCCUCUGACCACAGUAACAAUGACCACCUCCACCCCCUCCCUGUCUGGCCUCCGGUCCUUCACUGUGUCCCCCCCAACUACCCCCCUCUGCCCAGACCCUGGUCUCCUAGCUCAGAAGGGGAUGUGCACCAUCAGAAUCAUCCCUGUCAAACCCAGCAAGGAACCAGUCUUCAUCGCCUGUCCUAAACUCCUCCCCAAGUCUCCCACCAAGAUAUUGUCAUCUCCAGGUUCCUUCACUCCCCUCCAACCUCAGCCCUGCCCACCUGCAACCCCAGUGAACUUGAUCUCCCUCAGACCCUCCACAGGCCAGCGGGCUAAGGUCGGGGUCAAAAUGCUGACUGUGUCUCCGGUUCCAGUGGGCCCUGGUGGUGUGGCGGUCCAGCAGAAACCUGCCUCAUCUCAGGUGUCCACCUGCACCACCCAGACCCCCACAGAGACAACUCACAGACCCACAACUCAAGCUCUACUUCCACCCCCACCCUCGGUGUCAGAGGUCACACCUGGGCCCCCAGCUGACAGGGGCAGUCCUGAACCGGAGCUGGCCUGUAACCUAGUGGACCUGGACAUUGUCUGUGUGGAAGAUGAGGCGGAGCUUAUUACCACGGUGGCACAGCCGAUGGAGGUGGUGGACCUGGGGUCGAGCAGUGAGACAGACAACUCGUCCGACUUUGAAGAUGAGCCGAUGACAAUGAGCCAUAACGAACAGGAGAGGGAACGUCGCAGGAGGCUUCAGCAGCUGUUUAACCACCUGAGGACAGAGUUAGGACUGACUCAUGAGAAGACAUCCAAGGUCUUCACACUGAAUAAGGCAAUGCAAGUGAUCAAGAAGCUGAAGACGACCCAAAGACGCCUGAGGAAAACAAGGAGGAAGCUGAGGAGGAGGAGGGAUGACUACCUCUCCAUUAUCGCUCCAACAGCAGGUGAGAGCAGACGGGUGGUGGGCAGAGGUCUGAGAGUAAGGACAGCAUGUAAGAGAGCAGACACAGAUGUGAUGGAGGUGGUGGAUCUCUUAGACAACUCAUCUGAUGAGAACAAUGUCAUCACCAAGGAAACCAGCAUCAUCACUGUCACCAGUGAGGAGGAGGAGGUGGUACCGUCUGUUACCAUGGAGAUGGAGGUUGAGGACUGUCUGCUGGCGGGGCUGGCGAGGGUGAAGAGUUCAGAAAGCAGUUUGUGUGUGAAGCAGAUGAUCGGAGGUCAGAGCGUCACCGUCGCCGAAUCAGCUGGAAACUCUCCUGAGAGACUUCUGUUAGAACAGGCUUUGCAGAGUGACAUAGAGAGAAUUACGUGCCUGGACCCUGUGACAGAUACCUCAGGAGAGGAACCAGGUAAAUGUGAGCAGAGUGACUUGAGGAAAGUGCAGCACCUAUCAUCCCAACAGGAGACGGAGAAGCAGGAGAGAGAAGCCAGUCGGAUGCCAGCAGCACCUGGGGGCGGGGUCUUUGAGCCUCCAGCAGGCAGCUUGACUGAUAGUGACGUUAUAAUUGCGUCAUCUGAUCUGCAGCAGAGUCCCCAAGCACCUCCCAUUUUUACUUCUGCCACACCCACUGUAUCACUCAUCCAACAGGCUCUGGGGGUCCUGGAGGGGUCAAACCCUGUGCAGGAUCCACCUGCGGUAUCUCACAGUGCACCUGUACUGAGGGACAAGCCGAGGACGAUCCCCAACAUCCUGUCUCGUAGUAAAAAUCCAGCUCCACUAAAAUCUGUGCUCCCCAAGACUGUGCAGGGUGAAACUCUGUCAUUUCAGGCUCUGGUACCAGCUGAGGUUUUGCCUCUGGUUGGAGCAGCGUUGCCGGGAAAACCAAUCCUGACCCUAAGCCCGCUGUUGGCAGGACCGACGGUGUUGCAGACGACUCCUACAUCAGGUGUGGCCUCGGUCACCCUGAACAUCCCCAGUCUGGCUAGUCAGCAGGUCCAUCUCACCUCACUGCCCCACACCAUAACUGCUACAGACUUGAACAACCUGCUACACCUGGUUCAACCGGUAACUACUCAACUGUCACCGCAGGAAGUACAGCAACAGUCACAAGCACCACAGCUACAACAAAUACAACCUCAAUUAAAAACGGCACAGCAGCAGGUCCCAGCAGGUCAAUCUCUUCCUCCUCCUCCAACGCUGGUCUCUGCUGGAUCAGACCAGUCCAAAGACCAGGACCAGCCUUCAUCCCAGUCUGACCUCAGACCUGACUCAAGUCAGGCUGAAGUCGAGUUGGGGGGGGCUGCCUGUUUGGAGAGGCAGGAGACCAGAAGGCACGGUGAGACUGAGCGCCUGACCUCCCUCCUCAACGAGAUUCUCGUUCUGAACCAGCAGACCAUCACCACAGUGAUGACGGCAGGUGCCUUGAUACCAGAGAAACAGUCCCCUGAACUGGGCGAGGCCCAGGAGCAGGACCAUGCCUGUGGCCCCUGGCUCCUGCAACUGGACUCGGACUCUGAUGACGCCAUCUCUGUAGAGAUGGAGGAGGUGGGACUUAAUGAAGGCACAGAGACCACGGAGACUGGAACACCAAUUGGACUGGCCAAUGGGAACACUAUAGGUGCUGUUCUGGCCCCACCUCCUCUGCUGCAGAUGAAGAUGGGAGGGGCUAAGGUGGUGGACCCGAUCAGCAGUGAUGGCGCAGAGGGAGGGGGGAGGGGGGACGGAGGUGUGGCCUGGAGGCCCAUGCCAAGGCUAGUUCCUCUGGGACUGAGAGGAAACCCACCCAGCUGACAAUACACAGUUCACUUUGUCUGAAUUUCAUCUGUCGGGCCGCCUGAACGCAGAAACAUGCAACCAGGGCAACUUUAUGGGCAGCGGGUUGCUGUGGAAGUUGGCCUUUAGUGUCACUGAGGUUGUUGCCAGGCAAUGGUUGCAGGAACCUAAACAAGACAGGUGUUGCAAUUUGCAGUGCAGUUUUGAACAACUUUGAACAGAAACCAGCUGUGCAGUUUGUGCUUGUUGCGGUUGCUUGGUGGCGGGUGAGUGACUGGCUGACGGUUGAAAUGAUUUGUAAUGUUACCAAAACAAAGUCAACAUUUGCCAUUUUCCUCACAAUCCUAUGCUGUCUCAAAAUGGUGCAACUCGGUCUUCUUCAUUACUGAUGACAGCUGUUUCCUGGUCUGUAAUGCGCCAAACAAAAAAUCAUCACGCUUUUCCCACAACAGGAAUCUUUUUUAUUUUAUUUAUUUCCCUGAUUAUUUUUACGCAAAGCAUUUAAAUAUUUUACUUUGAAAAGCAUUGAUUCAAAUAUCUGCUUUGAAGGUUUCGCUUUGAGAUUGGAAAUUUUAAAAACAUAUUUUUUUGUUUUUCUUCAAAUCUUUCAGCCCAAAAAUUUAAAUCAAGAAGUUUUUCUGGAAAGAAACAGGUGCACCUCCAAAACCAUCGAACUAUUCCAUUAAAGCAAAGAAAAAUCAUGAUUUUUUUCUUGUCAAUUAUAUCCUCGUUCUCCAAAAUUUGGACUUUAUUCUCAAAAUGUCACCUUUUCCCUCAGAGAUGCUCAAAUGCUGAAAAACUGAAAUUCUGGUCUUAUUUUUGAGGGCUUUUCAGACAGAAUAGGAAAACGUCGGUCAGGUCAUGUUGGACUUCAUUUCAGGAUGAAAUAUUCAGUCACUGGACACAGGAGCCUGGUUUAUUAAUAAAAAUGUCCAUGUUUUCAGUUUUACAUUUAAAUAAAAUAUUUAAAGGAAAUUAGGACCUGAGUCGGCACAAAUCAGUGUUUCAUUUUUCAACACUAAAAACACCAAGUCUCACCUGGACUCCCCUUUACCUGCUCAGUGUUCACAGCGCCACAGGACGAUUAAAGGACCAGUCUGGUGUUUAAACCAUCGCCUGGGCUGUUAACAGAUGAAGCUGCUGCGCUUUCUUUUGUACAGUUCUGAAGUCUGUUUUUCUACAUAUGUAUUUUUUAUAAGUGUUGAAACCUUUGAUGUAAAUAAGUUGUCUGAACGUAGACGCCUCUAAACUCUAAUGUGAAUAAAGUUUGAAUAA